AUAACACUGUUGACAAGUUAAUUUCAUAAGAAUAUACGAAGAUAAUAUAAAUAUUUUUUGGAACUAAUUUAUUUUGUAGUGUGUAAUAAUAACAUGGUGUGGCCUACAAACCAUGACACUGCGUUAGGCGAAUAUGACGCUAUGGAACUGCCUGGACAGCAGUUGCCCUCAGCGAAUGCAACUACACCCCUUGACCACCACCUAAACCUUGAUAUCAAGGCACCUCCUGGAUGCCAGCGUCUCACUGGAAUCAUCGCUUCUAUGGGUAAAUCCACAACAGACGUUGAAGUCGUAGAACAAAUGAUAGCAGCUGGGAUGAAUAUAGCCUUGCUAAACUUUUCAUUUGGCAGCGUCGAAGAGCAUAUAGAAAUGAUCAAAACUUUGAGACAAGCUGCCAAGAACUACAGUGUCAAAAUGGAGAAAAUGGCUCCUGUCGCGAUUGCUGGUCGUCUGUCGGGUAAAAAAAUUAGGACUGGGCGGAUAGCUGACAGUUAUGGUGAUACUGUUGACUUGAAAACUGGAGAAACAGUAAGACUAACAUCAGACGAAACAUAUAAAGAUAGAUGUUCCACAUACACCAUUUUCGUUGACUUCAUGUACUUGGCAGAUCAAGUUAAGAAAGGGAAUAACAUUUUGUUGGACAACGAACGUAUUUCUUUGAUAGUAGAAGUCAUCUCCUCUACAACAAUGACGUGUAAAAUUGAAAGGGGUGGGCAGUUGGGUUCAUAUAAAGAUGUAUUUAUACCUAAUGUGCUGUUAAAUAUGCCUAAUUAUUCUGAAAAAGACAGAAUGGAUAUUGAAAUGGCUAAAUCCCACCAGCUCGAUAUUUUAAUCGCUCCGUUUGUGAGCAGUGCCGAUGCUAUUAGAGAGUUAAAACAACUUUUGGGCGAAAAGGGUAAAAAAAUUGCAAUCAUAUCUCAAAUUCAAACUAUCGCAGGAUAUCGAAAUCUUGAUGAAAUACUCGAUGCGACAAAUGGAAUAAUGAUUGCAAGACAAGAAUUGGGUUCAGACAUUACUCCUAAAAAGUUAAUAUUAGUUCAAAAAAACAUGAUUGCUCGCGCUAAUAAGGCUAAUAUCCCCGUAAGCAUUAGCAGCCAACUUUUAAGCAAUAUGAGACACCACUCGCAACCGCUACGGUCAGAGCUGCUGGACGUAUCGAACUGCGUGUUAGAUGGAGUUGACGCCCUGGUGCUGACUGCGGAGACGGCGGUCGGGCAGUAUCCGGUGGAAACCGUCACCUGUCUAGCCAAGGCCUGCAAGGAGGCCGAGGCAUGUGUUUGGACGAGGCAGCUGUUUAUGGAUAUGAUUGACACGAGCCCGCUCCCCUGCAGCAAACCGGUCGCCAUCGGCCUCGCAGCUGUCCUGGCCGCGCACCGCACGCUCGCCGCAGGCAUAGUCGUGGUCACGUCGACUGGACACACGGCCCAUAUUGUGUCUCGCUUCAAGCCUCGCUGCCCGAUCGUGGCUCUCACUAGAUACCCGAUUAUCGCCAGGCAGCUUCAUAUGUGGAGGGGAAUCAUACCGUUGGUAUACGAAGACCAGCCCGAUCCCGACUGGUUGGUGGACGUGAACCAGCGAGUGGCCUUCGCCUGCAAAUGGAUGAUGGAGCGUGCGUUCGUCAGAGUGGGGGACCCUCUCGUGCUCGUAACGGGAUGGCGCGAGGGCCAGGAGUUCACGGAGACCAUGCGGGUUGUGUACGCUAACGCUGAUUGAACUGUUUUGUGGUAAAUAUAAUAUAAUGCAACAGAGAUAUUCGUUUAUUGCGCACUU